AUGCAAUGUAUUUGGGUGUUGUUUUUGUUCGUGUUGUUUGUCGCCGCUGAAGAUGAAGGCCAAUGCACUGCUCCAACUUCGUGUUCCGAGGAGUCGAAACUAGCGGAAGAUAAGAAAAUUGAAAACCUCUACGACUCGAUUGAUGGAGAAGAAUGCGAGGAGAUCGAAGUGAACUGUAGACCCUUUCAGAUUCCGAGAUACCACGGAAGAAGUUGGAAUAUUAAACUUGGUCUUCCAUUUUUCAACGAAGAUGAGGUUAGGCUAAUUUUAAGUGAUUGCAAUUUUACUUUCCGAGCAAAAUAUUCAAUUUGCUCGACGUUUAGGAAUGUGCUGACUACGCAAUUCGAUCGGCUUUGGCUCAUAUUUCCUGUAUUUUCCCCAUGGAAAGAACUUUGAAACUGCCCAUCUAUGGAACUGACAAGACUGCGUGCGAUCAAAUCGAGGGCUUUGUGAGCCAAGGAAGUCCUGAAAAGAAUACUGUAUUCCUAGUUGUUCAAAAUGGUGAGGAAAAGAAGUGCGAUCUGAACCAUCAACUGAUCAAGUAUAAUAUCGCUGAAAAGAAUGUUUUACUUCUGAAAUAUGGCGGAAACGUCAAUUUGAAGGAUGCUGGGGUCACUACGGUCGAUCUGACAGCGUUUGGAAGUAAGAUUAACCUUUGGUUCAAAAGAUUUUCAACGUUUUUCAGCCGAAGCCGCCAAAAUAGCUGGUAUCAGAAGAGCCUUGGAAAAGAUCGAUGAAUUUCAUAAACCCUAUGGAGUAAUUCAAUUUCUCCAAGAACACUUUAGCCUCAGCACAAUUGUUGUCAUGUAUAUGACUUCUGUUUUGAUUGGCAUGGCCGCCACCAUCAGAUUUUUGAAGGAAUGUCAGGGCAGUGGAGCAGAGGAUAAGGUAAUAUAAAUUUUUCUUUUUGUAUCCUGUCUUUAGGAGUUUGACGAAAAGGAUUAUGAGAGCUCCAAGGAGGAGGGUUCGGAAGAAGUUGAGGAGUCCACAAACGAUGCCAACUCCCUUUCCACCGUAGAAGACAGCGACAGUUCGAGGAUCCAGGAGCUCAGUGAUGGUGAGGAUGUACCUGAUCAGAAAGACGAGGACAUUGCUUUUGACAAUUUCUGCAAAGACGUGGCCGAGAAAUAUCGUGACCAUGACCCGGAAGACGACUCGACUGACAUGGAACUCAACGAAAUUGAAGAAUAUGUGAGCAAGUUGCUCGAGAAGAAAGCUCUGGAAAAACAAUACGAAGAGGACGAUUUGGAUUAA